GCAAACAUACGCGCGUGGUCGAACGCCUGACCAUGACUUUGAAAUAUUUAUUAGUUUUGAUAGCAUUAACUUGCGUAAAUGUCAACUGUAAAUCUACAUACAAAAUAUGCGUGCCGGCGCAGUUCUUGAAGGACUGCGAAGCGAUGCUCGAAGUACCUACAAAGAGCAAGGCUGUAUUGGAAUGCAUACCAGCAAGAGAUCGGGUCGAAUGUUUGUCGUUCGUCCAGCAGCGUCAGGCUGAUUUCGUUCCAGUGGACCCAGAAGACAUGUACAUGGCUUCCAAAAUUCCAAACCAGGAUUUUGUCGUCUUCCAAGAGUACAGAACUGAUGAUGAGCCCGAUGCGGAAUUUCGUUACGAAGCAGUCAUAGUUGUUCAUAAGGAUCUCCCAUUUAACAACUUGGACCAACUUAAGGGAUUAAAGUCUUGCCACACUGGAGUCAACCGAAACGUUGGGUACAAGAUUCCGCUGACGAUGCUAAUGAAACGAUCUAUAUUCCCAAAAAUGAACGACCGUACUAUUUCUCCGAAAGAAAACGAGCUUCGUGCGUUAUCCACAUUCUUUAAAAAGUCCUGCAUCGUCGGUACAUGGUCACCAGAUCCGAAAACUAAUUCAGCUUGGAAGGGUCAAUACAAUCAGCUGUGUGCUCUAUGCGAGCAUCCGGAUAAAUGCGAUUAUCCUGAUAACUAUAGCGGGUACGAAGGAGCUUUGAGAUGUCUGGCUCAUAAUGGUGGUGAAGUAGCCUUCACAAAGGUCAUCUACGUACGCAAGUUUUUCGGACUCCCAGUCGGCACUAUCCCAGCUAACCAAUCAUCAGAGAACCCUGACGAGUUCGCAUAUCUAUGCGUGGAUGGAUCAAAGGUCCCAGUCAGAGAAAAGGCUUGUUCAUGGGCUGCAAGGCCUUGGCAAGGGCUUCUUGGACACAACGACGUUUUGGCUAAACUGUCACCCUUAAGAGAAAAGAUCAAGCAGUUGGCUGAUGCUGGUACCAGUUCUAAACCUAAUUGGUUUACAAAAGUCUUGGGUCUUUCCGAAAAGAUCCACCACGUUGCAGACAACAUACCCAUCAAACCGGUCGACUACUUGAAGAAGGCGAACUACACAGAAGUUAUUGAAAGAGGUCACGGACCACCGGAACCAGUUGUCAGGUUGUGCGUAACAUCCAACGUUGCUCUUGCGAAGUGUCGUGCGAUGGCCGUCUUCGCCUUUAGUCGAGACAUUCGUCCCAAACUCGACUGUGUCCAUGAAUCUUCGGAAGACGAUUGUUUGAAAAAUGUACAAGACAAUGGGUCUGACCUGGUCUCAGUAGACGACCUCCGUGUCGCGUCUGCCGCACGUCAGUACAACCUUCAUCCUGUAUUCCAUGAAGUGUACGACAACAAACUACCCAACUACGCCGUUGCCGUUAUCAAGAAGAACUCGCCCAUCAAUAACAUUGAUGAUUUGAAAGGAAAAUUAUCCUGUCACAACUCAUUCGGCACAUUCAGCGGACUCGUAGCACCUUUAUACUACCUGAUCAACAAAAAUAAAAUAUCAUCAGACAAUUGUAUCAAGAACUUGGGCGACUUCUUCGCGGGAUCGUGUUUGCCCGGCGUCGACAAAGCUGAAAAUAAUCCAAAAGGUGAAGAUGUAUCAAAAUUAAAGAAACAAUGUUCCGGAAGCAAUAGCGCUUCGACUUGCCUCCAACAAGAUAAGGGAGAUGUAGCAUUUGUCUCAAGUGCCGAUCUAUCAAACUUCGAUAGCUCACAAUAUGAGCUACUCUGUUUAAAUAAAGACAACGGUGGAAGGGAUAGUCUCGCUAACUAUGCUACUUGUAAUAUUGUUAUGGCUCCUUCAAGAACCUGGCUGUCUGCUAAAGAUUUCCUAUCUGAUGUCUCUAUAGCCCACACCCCAUUGAGUUUAGCACAGUUACUUGAAGAGAAGCCUGAUUUGUUCAACAUUUAUGGCGAAUUUCUCAAGAACAAUAAUGUCAUUUUUAAUAAUGCUGCCAAAGGUUUGGCUACAACAGAAAAAUUAGAUUUCGAGAAAUUCAAAAGCAUCCAUGACGUCAUGAAUAAUUGUGGAGUUGUCUAAAAUGUACAUAACAUACAUUUAUUUUUUAUAUUUCAUAUUUUUGUUACAAAAAAAUAAGACAACUAUUUUGAAACAAUAAAACAAAAUUGGAAUUAAUUGUUUAGAAUUUAUUUCAUAGCUUAAAAUGAGAACAAAUAAAUAAUACCGAAAAAUUCAACAACUUCUA